AGCACGGCAUGCGCAAAGCACGUCAACAUAAAAAUAAACACGUCAACUUUAGAAAAUUAUAAAUUUUUCAUUGUAGUUUCAGAAUUAGUUGAACAUUUUUGUUAAAAACCGGAUUAAGAUAAUCACAAUUCCUCCAGUAAGUCUACGUUAUCAACAUGAAGGCGUGUUACUCUUUAAAAAACCUUUUUUCGGUGAAUUUUCUGUUACCAUUCUUGAUAAGUAUAGUAGAUGCUAGACAGCAAUUUGUAACAUGCGGCUCCGUAAUAAAACUCAUGAACACUGACUACAAAGUAAGACUACAUUCCCAUGAUGUCAAAUAUGGUACGGGCAGCGGACAACAGUCGGUUACAGGAACAGAGCUACAGGAGGAUAUCAACAGUCAUUGGCAGGUGAGAGGGCAAACUGGAAAAAUGUGUUUGAGAGGAGAUCCAAUACCAUGUGGCUCUGUAAUAAGGUUAUUCCAUGUUGAGACUAAGAAGAACUUACACUCCCACUUGUUCUCUAGUCCACUUAGUGGAAACCAAGAGAUCAGUGCUUAUGGUAAUGAUGGUGAGGGUGAUUCAGGAGAUCACUGGACUGUUGUUUGUUCAGGUGAUUCCUGGCAUAGGGACGAAAGCGUGAUGUUGCGUCACGUGGACACUCAAAUGUACCUUGCAGUAUCUGGACAUUCAUUCGGAAGGCCCAUCAAUGGACAGAUGGAAGUGGUGGGACUCCGGAGUUCCUCUGGAGCCGUCCACUGGCAAAGCAUGGAAGGGGUUUAUCUUCAUGCACCCGAUGUAAAGCACACAGCGCAUGUUCAUACUGAACUUUAAGUUUAUUUUUUUGUUUCAACAAAAACUUUUAUGUGAUCCUAGUGACUGGAGAUAAAAAAGAAAUAUUCGGUCAAAUGCACAACUGCUCUAAAAGUGUGUAUAGUGUUGUGUCAUAUAAGUGUAUGUAUGUGUGAAAAAUGGCUUAUCUUAUUUAUUGGUUCUCUUAUGCAAAGUUUUAGUUAAUGGUUACAAAAACAUUUAUUUAUUUAUUAUAUUUUUUUCUUCAUGUAGAUAACUUUAACGGGAAAUACCUCAGCAACUGAGUUCAUGGAAAUUUAUAAUAUUAAUUUAUCUGUUUGAAGUUUUUAAGGCUGUAAUAAAUUGGUGGAACACUA